ACGGAAAAUAGAGAACCUUCUCUCUUUCUUUCUUGCCCAACCCUUCUUCAAAGGCAUUGAAACUAAUUACCACCAUGCAUAGUGGGAAUCAUUGGGGCGGUUCUUUUGAGAUGGCUGGAAGGGAGGCACCCGUGGUGGCGGAGGAUGAGUGGGACAAGGCGGCACUUCAGCCGCAUGAGCAGCAUCACUACCUUGAUGAGACCCAGCAGAGCUGGCUGCUCGGACCACCGGAGACGAAGAAGAAGAAGUACGUGGACUUGGGUUGCAUAGUUUGCAGCCAGAAGGCCUUCAAGUGGACACUGUGGUCCAUCGCCAUUGCUUUUGUUGUAAUUGCUCUCCCCACCAUCAUCGCCAAGACUCUGCCUAAGCACAAGUCUAAGCCUCCUUCUCCUGACAACUAUACCCUCGCCCUUCACAAGGCCCUCCUCUUCUUCAAUGCUCAAAAAUGUAAGUUUUUCUUUUCCAAACCAUUAAUAUUUUGAGGGAAAAAUUUUGCAGCCACAACUAGAUCAAAUUAUAGAGGAAGGGCUUUUCUAAAAUGUAAUCAAUGCGUUUUGUUUCAUAAAUUUGUGUUACAAAAACAAAAAUUGAUAUUAAUCUGUUUAAUAAAACAUAUGUGACAUU